GGAGUUCCGAUGCAUAAAACCCGAGUGCUCUCCCUUCUCACAUCUAGCGUUAAGUCCCACAACCCCUACCUCCUUAUGAGUAGAGCUGUCACUGUAGCAACGGGUGUCGGGUAGAGACCAGGAGAGAGAGAGUCAGAACGACAGCAAAGGAAAGUUCUUUCCAUGUCUCCGAGCUUUCUCUCUCUCUCUCUCUCUCUCUCUGGAGAGAACUAAAGUCUAAACUGGACAGCAUCCACAAGAGAAGCACCUAGAGGGAGAGUUUCUUCCAGCAGCUCAGGAGCUCAGGACCCUGCAGGAGCCGAAGCUGGAACUGCCCAUCUGUUAACCAUGAACUCUUCCUGCUGCCUGUUCUCUGCUUACCCGGUGCUGCCUAACUCCCCAGAGCACCCUGCAGCCCCUUCUGCCAGCAACAGGACCAGCAGCGGGUUCUGUGAGCAGGUCUUCAUCAAGCCAGAGGUCUUCCUGGCGCUGGGCAUCGUGAGCCUGAUGGAAAAUAUCCUGGUGAUCCUGGCUGUGGUCAGGAAUGGCAACCUGCACUCUCCCAUGUACUUCUUUCUAUGCAGCCUGGCUGCAGCCGACAUGCUGGUGAGCCUGUCCAACUCUCUGGAGACCAUCAUGAUCGCCAUUAUCAACAGCGACUCCCUGACCUUGGAGGACCAGUUCAUCCAGUACAUGGAUAACAUCUUUGACUCCAUGAUCUGCAUCUCCCUGGUGGCCUCCAUCUGCAACCUCCUGGCCAUCGCUGUGGACAGGUACGUCACCAUCUUCUAUGCCCUUCGCUACCACAGCAUCAUGACCGUGAGGAAGGCCCUGGCCUUGAUCGUGGCCAUCUGGGUCGGCUGCGGCAUCUGCGGCGUGAUGUUCAUCAUCUACUCCGAGAGCAAGAUGGUCAUUGUGUGCCUCAUCACCAUGUUCUUCGCCAUGGUGCUCCUCAUGGGCACCCUGUACAUCCACAUGUUCCUCUUUGCCAGGCUGCACGUCCAGCGCAUUGCGGCGUUGCCGCCCGCGGACGGCGUGGCCCCCCAGCAGCACUCAUGCAUGAAGGGGGCUGUCACCAUCACCAUCCUGCUGGGGGUUUUCAUCUUCUGCUGGGCACCUUUUUUCCUCCACCUGGUCCUCAUCAUCACCUGCCCCACCAACCCUUACUGCAUCUGCUACACGGCCCACUUCAACACCUACCUGGUCCUCAUCAUGUGCAACUCUGUCAUUGACCCCCUCAUCUAUGCCUUCCGCAGCCUGGAGCUGCGAAACACAUUCAAGGAGAUUCUCUGCGGCUGCAAUGGCAUGAACUUGGGCUAGAAUGCCCCUCAGAGGGGCUAGAGAGCUAGCCAAGGGGCUUAGGAGAGACCUAAAGAAUAUUAACAUAACAGCACUUGCCUUCUGAUGGCCCUUUGCAAAGGGAGAAGUGGCGUAGAAUGGGCCGUCUAUGAGGAUCUGCGUGUGGGUAAGUCAGUCUGCUCUACCCCAUCGUCUCCGGAAGAAUCAGGGAAGCCUGCGCUGGGUGUCGUCUGUGUUCAUUGCUAGGCACCCGGGGGCUUGUGCUUCCUGCCUGCUCACCUGCUUUGUACUAGUAACUCUGUGCUUCAAGCCAACGUGACAGGAGGGCUCUUGUGAACAGAAAGAGUGCUCAGCCCUCCCCCCAGCAAGCAAAUCUGCUCACAGCCACCACCUCCAGCUGCCGGCUAGAGAAGAACUUUGCACAUAUUCUGUGAGAGACUGAGUUCCCUCCUGCUCACGCCGUUAUAACUGUGUAAAAACUGUGUGAUGUCCUUUUCUCCCUUCCAGUCCUCACAUCCAUGCCAGCCUCCCCGGCCCCUUUGAAAAGAAAAUAGCACGGAGGUAUGGCCUCUCUGCGCUGUUGUCACGGUUGUUACUAUUAUUGGGGUUUCAUUCAUUAAAUCUAAACUUCAGAACCUACUGAAUCAAAGUGCUCUAGCCAGUGAGAGGUCCUUGUAUCCUUGGACUUUGAUUCCUGGUCAUGUCAAGGUAGGUGUUAUCCUUUUAAAAUGAUGGACUGUUGCUUCUCUGCCUUUCAAAUGAGAAGGAAUGGCGGGCAGGCCGGGUGAGCUUCACUGGAAACGGCUUUGCUGUCAUUGAUGGUGGUUUGAGCAGCUGGAACUGCCUCCAGCUCCUUUCCUCCCUUACUCUGAAGCUCCUUUCCCGCCUCCCGGCAACUGUGUGUCUAUCAAGUGGUUAUUUCCACAUCAUCUAUGAGAGAGGCUGUGUGUUUGGCUGUUGCUUCUUUUGCUAGAUGUGAUGUUAAAGUCAAAUGACCCUGUUGGCAACAUCUGUACCUUGUCAAGUGAAGCGGUCACCCCCACCACCGCAGGGCGAGAUGUGCAAACAUGCUGUGUAACACUGUGUGCUGCUGGCAACUGUCAGCUCCCUCUUACCCUCGACAACUUUAGCUAGCACCACCCCCUCCGCCUGUGUUUUCCUGCUCUUGAAUAUAUGAGGUGGAGGGACCGUGCAUGAAUUUUUCCUGCUAACAUUUUAGUAGACAUCAUUUGUUUCCUGCUUUGAUCAUGAUGUUUAGAGAUAAUAAAGGCUUUGGCUUUUGU